AUGUGCGUAUCCGCGUUGGCGUCUAAUGCAUAUGGCUACGCAGCCACAGCAAUCGGUGCAGACCUCUACAUCACCCCCACUCCCUCUAAUCCCAGAAUUCUUUCCGUUUUACUUUUCGUGACUGGCGCUUUAUCCUUUCUUGCAUGCUCCCUAAGAGACCCAGGUACUUUUCUCGAUUCCGACAAUUUGGAUGAUCCCCAUAUAGUGCUACUUCACUUCCUCACACUUUACUUCCUCACUCUUCAACCCUCUCUCAUUUUACUGCACAAAAAAAACUGCACCCUAAACUAUGCAGGCAGAAUAUCCCAUACCUCCCUCGAUAAACACCUGAAAUUUUACCCCUAUGAUGAAGUCAUUUUUCACCAAAACGACAAAUGCAGCACUUGUCAGAUCUUGAAACCUGCGCGAAGUAAACAUUGUAAAUAUUGCUUGUCAUGUAUAUCUCGCUACGACCACCACUGCUUUCUGUUAAACAAUUGUAUCGGCGGAUAUAACAGCAUUUAUUACCUUGCUUUCAUUUUCACAAAUGUCACAAUUGCCUUUCAUUCCUUCUACAUAACUUUUCGCUGCCUUUAUAACAUCAUCAAACAUGAAAACCUUCUGAAAGCCACGUUUAUACACAGGGGGAGCAACGAAGUGAUGCCGAAAUCUUGCCUAACGAUCGCUCGGUACCUAUUUUCCAAAUGCAGCCCCACCUUCUCCGUAUUUGUGGUAUCCCUGCUUAGCGCCCCCCUUUUAGCGCUCCUUUUUUCGAAUGAAAUUUAUUUCAACUUCUGCGUGAACAUCACAAACAAUGAGAAGACAAAAUACGUCAGUUUGAAGGGAGGUACUCCUGUGAACAGGCAGUUUUACAAUAAAGGGUUCAUAAAAAACGUGCAGGAUGUGUUGUUUUACAAAAAAAACGUAGAGGACUUUUUUAAAAAAAAUUCAUAA